ACUGCUUUACACAUUAAGGAGACCUUACUUCAGAAAAAUGGAAAAUCAGGACGCCCUGGUCUGCAUAUCUGAGAGUAUUCCAGAACCGACCGUGGAAUGGGUGUUCUGCGAUUCACAGAGUGAAAGCUGUAAAGGGGAGAGUCCCGCUGUUGUUACAAAGGAGGAAAGCGUGCUUCGUGAGCUGUUUGGAACAGACAUAAGGUGCUGUGCAAGAAACGAGCUGGGCAGGGAGUGUACCAAGCUGUUCACAAUAGAUCUAAAUCAAACGCCUCAGACCACACCGCCACAGUUAUUUCUGAAAGUAGGGGAACCCUUGUGGAUAAGGUGCAAAGCCGUUCAUGUAAACCACGGAUUCGGACUCAGCUGGGAGCUAGAAAAUAAAGCCCUGGAAGAGGGCAGCUACUUCGAGAUGAGUACCUAUUCCACAAACAGAACCAUGAUACGGAUCCUGUUUGCUUUCGUAUCAUCCGUGGGAAGGAACGACACCGGCUAUUACACCUGUUCCUCCUCAGAGCAUCCCAGUAAAUCAGCUCUGGUUACCAUCCUAGAAAAGGGAUUUAUAAAUGCUUCCAAAUCAAGUGAAGAUUAUGAGAUUGACCAGUAUGAAGAGUUUUGUUUUUCUGUCAGGUUUAAAGCAUACCCACAAAUCAGAUGUACAUGGACCUUCUCUCGAAAAUCGUUUCCUUGUGAGCAGAGUGGCCUUGAUGAUGGGUACAGCAUAUCUAAGUUUUGCAACCAUAAACACCAGCCAGGAGAAUAUAUAUUCCAUGCAGAAAAUGAUGAUGCCGAAUUCACAAAGAUGUUCACGCUGAACAUAAGAAGGAAGCCUCAGGUGCUAGCCGAGACGUCAGCAAGUCAGGCUUCAUGUUCCUCUGACGGCUACCCCUUACCAUCUUGGACCUGGAAGAAGUGUUCAGACAAGUCUUCCAACUGCACAGAGGAGAUCACAGAAGGAAUCUGGAAUAUAAAGGCUAACAGAAAAGUGUUCGGCCAGUGGGUAUCGAGCAGCACCCUUAACAUGAGUGAGGCCAUGAAAGGAUUCCUGGUGAAGUGUUGUGCCUACAAUUCCCUUGGCACAUCUUGUGAAACAAUCCUUUUAAACUCGUCAGGGCCCUUCCCUUUCAUCCAAGACAACAUCUCCUUCUAUGCAACAGUCGGGCUUUGUCUUCCCUUCAUUGCCAUUCUAACCUUGCUAAUUUGUCACAAGUACAAAAAGCAAUUUAGGUAUGAGAGCCAGCUGCAAAUGGUACAGGUGACUGGCUCUUUGGAUAAUGAGUACUUCUACAUUGAUUUCAGAGAAUAUGAAUAUGAUCUCAAAUGGGAGUUUCCAAGAGAAAAUUUAGAAUUUGGAAAAGUACUAGGAUCAGGUGCUUUCGGAAAAGUGAUGAAUGCAACAGCUUAUGGAAUUAGUAAAACAGGAGUCUCGAUCCAGGUGGCAGUCAAAAUGCUGAAAGAAAAGGCAGACAGUUCUGAAAGAGAGGCUCUCAUGUCUGAACUCAAAAUGAUGACUCACCUGGGAAACCACGAGAAUAUCGUGAAUCUGCUGGGGGCAUGCACACUGUCAGGACCAAUUUACUUGAUUUUUGAAUAUUGUUGCUAUGGUGAUCUUCUCAACUAUCUAAGAAAUAAAAGAGAAAAAUUUCACAGGACAUGGACAGAGAUUUUCAAGGAACACAAUUUCAGUUUUUACCCCACUUUCCAAUCACAACCAAAUUCCAGUAUGCCUGGUUCAAGAGAAGUUCAGAUACACCAGGACUUGGAUCAUAUCUCAGGGUUCAAUGGGAAUUCAUUUCAAUCCGAAGAUGAAAUUGAAUAUGAAAACCAAAAAAGGCUGGAAGAAGAAGAGGACUUGAAUGUGCUGACAUUUGAAGACCUUCUUUGCUUUGCCUAUCAAGUUGCCAAAGGAAUGGAAUUUCUGGAAUUUAAGUCGUGUGUUCACAGAGACCUGGCAGCCAGGAACGUGCUCGUGACCCACGGGAAAGUGGUGAAGAUUUGCGAUUUCGGACUGGCCCGGGAUAUCAGGAAUGACUCCAACUAUGUUGUCAGGGGCAACGCUCGUCUGCCCGUAAAGUGGAUGGCCCCUGAGAGCUUAUUUGAGGGGAUCUACACCAUAAAGAGUGACGUCUGGUCGUAUGGAAUAUUACUCUGGGAAAUAUUCUCGCUUGGUGUCAAUCCGUACCCUGGUAUUCCGGUUGAUGCUAAUUUCUAUAAACUCAUUCAAAGCGGAUUUAAGAUGGAUCAGCCGUUUUAUGCUACGGAAGAAAUAUACUUUAUAAUGCAAUCCUGCUGGGCUUUUGACUCAAGGAAACGGCCGUCCUUCCCCAAUCUAACUUCAUUUUUGGGAUGUCAGCUGGCAGACGCCGAAGAAGCGAUGUAUCAGAACAUGGAUGGCCACGUCUCAGACCGUCCUUCCGGCUACCAGAACAGGCGACCUUACAGUAGAGAGGUGGAUUCCGGGCUCCUGGCUCCCCAGGGUCAUGGCGAAGACUCCUAGAGAAACAGUUUAGUCUUAAGGACAUCCUCCCUCUGACCCCCACCUUAAACAGGCUAUAGAUUACCAAAACAGGAUUCAUUUCAUCACCAAAAGAAAGUAUAUUCUGCUGCUUUGCUGGACUUUUCUCUAGAAGCUCUCUGUAUCUACUCUUGUUUUCAAAGGAACUUUUGUACAAACAAAUCAUCCUUUGCACAAGGCAGGAAGAGCUGAUAAUUAACUUUACUGAAGCAUCUGCCUACAUCCAAAGGCCUUCUCGGGCUGG